AUGGCAGUCGUUCUCACUGACUUCGAACGGCAUGUGCGCAGCCUCGGAGUACGAUGGCGUCACUAUCUGCACGCUCAACUGCUCUUGAUCGUGGUUCUUGCUUCCAUAUUCUUCUUUAUCCCCGUCUCAGAGCAGUAUGCACCUCUUCACAAGAGGAGCUGGGGUGGAUGGAACGAGCGCGCAGACACGGAGAGAUGCUACAAGCAGGAACGGACAGCAACUUUGCUAGCUUUCUGGCUUGGCGUGUUCGGUGUAGACCAUUGGUACGCGCGUCACUGGGUUUUGGCUGUCUUCAAGACUAUUACUCUUGGUGGCCUGGGUAUCUGGGCUGUAGUUGAUGUAAAUCUUUGGAUCGUUGGCGGAUACUAUGGAACUCCUGGGUGCCCCGGUGGUAGCAAGAAAGAAUGGGCUUACUGA